CUGAACAUACGGAAAAACAAAAACACGGUGUAACAAGAAUUUUACAAGUAUUUAAAAGUGGAUUAAAAGCUUCUUGGAAGAAAAAUUAGGGAGAGACUAUUUCAGAUCCCAUACAAAAAGGGGCGCAGGUCCAGGGAACCUGCUCCUUACGUCCCAGCACUCCUGGGAUGCCUGCCAUGAAACUCUACAAGCUGACCACCCACACCCGAGGGUGCAACAAAUCAUACGAUGCCGACCUGGUCAUGAAUCUAAAGGACCACCCAAACGCCAAUGUUGGCGACGUGGUGGAGAUCUAUGCCCCGGAUGAUGAGAAUGGUACCCACCUGCUGCUCCAGAUCACAGAGUUCAACGUGAACGCUGGCAGGGACGUAAUAAGUAUUGAAUCCGGCAUUGCCGCCGCCUUCAAGAUGCGCGCCUACUCCAAUGUGGUGAUGCGCAUAGUGAAUCCUGCGGAUGUGGCCCUGGACUCCAUAGAAAUAACCUUUAAGGACCAAUACAUGGGACGCUCCGAGAUGUGGCGACUAAAAACUUACUUGACGGACACCUGCGUUUACGUGAAUAAGAAGAUCGACUACAAUGACAUGCAGAUCCGGUGCCAAGUGUACGAGAUGUGGUCGCAGGGUGAACGGGUAGCCAGUGGCGUCAUUACGGAGGACACCAAAAUCGUUUUUCGAAGUAGCACCUCCAUGGUGUACCUCUUUCUGCAGAUGUCCUCGGAGAUGUGGGACUUUGACAUCCAUGGGGACUUAUACUUCGAGAAGGCGGUCAAUGGAUUUCUCACGGAGCUCUUCCAGAAGUGGAAAAAGCUGAGCUGCAACCACGAAGUGACCAUUGUCCUUUUUUCGCGCACUUUUUACGCUGCCAAGAGCCUGGACGAGUUCCCCGAACACAUGCGUGACUGCCUCCAGUUGGAUUACAAGGGCCGCUUCUACGAGGAUUUCUACCGGGUGGCAAUCCAAAACGAGCGUUGCGAUGAUUGGUGCACGGUACUGGGGCAACUGCGCAAGCUGUUCACCUCCUACCAGGCCACAGUUCUGCGCUAUCACGAAAGGGAGCACAUGAAGAUCCCCCCAGCCACCAAUUCCACAGCCACUCAGGGAAAUUUCCUAGAGGUUCUCAACAUCUCGCUCAACACAUUUGAGAAGCACUACCUGGACAGAACCUUUGACCGCACAGGUCAACUGUCUGUGGUGAUUACCCCCGGAGUAGGGGUUUUCUCCGUGGAUCGGGAGCUGACAAACAUCACCAAGCAGCGGAUCAUCGAUAAUGGUGUGGGUAGUGACUUGGUUUGCGUCGGGGAACAACCUCUGCACGCUGUGCCCCUACUGAAGUUCCACAACAAGGACACCACGCUCACCUCCGCUGACGACUACUCCUUGCCGCACUGGAUCAACCUGAGCUUUUACUCGACAAACAAGAAGAUUGCCUAUUCCAGUUUCAUCCCCAGAAUCAAGCUGCCCCUUUUCGGAUCAACGCUGCAGGACGCCAGCGAGGGGGGCGAGGACAAUGAGCGUCACUUCCUAAGCUGCAACCAAUCGGAGUACAAGCACAACCACCUCUUCGACUACGACGCUUACGAUGAACAGAUUUUCCAGCCGCUGCCGGCACAGAGUACUUGUUCUCUGCAACGAGUGGUGAGGGCCAAGAAGACCUCAGUCCCAAGCCUGGAGACGUAUGCCUACAACAACGAGUGGGAGAACCUGACACCCACCCAGAUUCCAGCCAUUCGCCGCAAGAUGUCCGACCCAGAUAUUCAUCAUGGCACAUCCGCAAUGCUGGCAGCUUUGCAACCGGAUGCAACUAACCUUUCCGAAUCUCUGGCCUCGGAGAAGAAUUCCCGACGCACGAUUGUCAGUAUUGCACCCAUUGUACGUCCCGGCAGGGCGCUCAUCAAUCCCUUCGAUCCUUCGCAAGUCACCAUAAAGCUGACUUCGAACCGACGCCGCUGGACACACAUCUUCCCCAAGGGUCCGACCGGAGUGCUUAUCCAACAACAUCACUACCAGGCUGUUCCGGCAAAAAGCUCACAAGCGGGCCAGCACCAGCACCAGAAGCCCUUGCAGCCGCUUCAGCAGAAUGGCAGUAACAACAAUAACGAGCCGGAGGAGUACGGGGGCGAGAACGGAGAGCAAUACGAUCGGGUGUCCAGUUAUUCGAUGCUGAGCAAGUCCGUCUCAUCACAGAGCGAGGACAAAAUCGAUUUUUUUAAGCGGCGCCAGAACUCGUUUAUGAAUGCUCUUCCCGCCAACGUGCCCAACUUGACGGCCACGCAAGCCAAAUCGUAUCUCUGGGGAGCAACCGGAGAGCAGGAAUGGACACCGGCAAUUACCACAGCCAAGCAUCUGCGGCCGAUCGUCGAGGGCGAGCAUCAUCAUCUGGGCGACCUGGAGGCUUUAGAAACGGCCUCGCCCCCCGACCCUCUGGAGGCGGAGGCGGGCGGCGGAGGAAGAGGAAAGAUCAUCAUAGGCGUUGACUGGAAGUCGCUGACCAUCCCCGCCUGCCUGCCCAUUACCACGGACUAUUUCCCGGACAAGCGGUCGCUAAACAACGACUAUGUCAUUACGGACUACACCCUGUUGCCGGACGACGUGAACCACGACUACGCCCAGAGCCGGGCUGUCUACCGGAAGCCCCUUUCCACGGAGGAGGUCUGCAAGGAGAUUGUUUCGCAGCGCCUGGCCCAGGGCUUCCAGCUCAUUGUGGUGGACGAGAAGCCCUCGAAUGGGGGCGGGUGCUCCUCCUCCUCCGCGGUGCUGCCUGUGAAGCCGCCAUGCGAGAUUAAGAAGGAGUACCUCCUCUCGAUCGGACGCAUCUUCCACAAGAUCUCGUUGAGUGGCUCUGUGAUCACCGUGACCGGCUACAGACCCCGGCACCCGUAUCCCCCCAUUAAUGUGGACUACCGCUACCGCUUCCACGCUCCACAGCACGAGACCUACGAGAUCUCCGGGGUGAACUUCACCACCGAGAAACUGGAGAACUUUAACUGGAAUCACAUGGAUCUCUACAUCUGUACGCGAGGGGAUGUGGAUUAUCCACUAAUGGAGAGCUUGAAGUACUGGCGGUAUCGGAUGUACUUACUCCCAAGGGAGAACAUCGUGAACAAGAUUGCGAGCUGCCAGCGCUGCGACAUCUUCCCCGACGCCACGGCGGACAACACACAGGAUCAGGUGGAGGACUUUGUCCGGCUGAUCGAGGCGGUCAGCAAGCUGAAGCGCCAGUUUGCCCGGAAGGCGAGAGACAGCCCCAUCGCCCACAGCAUAACCAAGCGACGACACAGUACCAGCAUUAUAUCCAGGCCUCAGCCUAACCAGGGACUCAUGAACUCUCCGUUCCGGGAGAGGGUCGGCAGCAACCGGCUGCCGGAGAAGCGACCCAGCAUUAACGUUCGCCCCAAGCUGGAGAACGGCCGGAUUCCGCGCAACUUUCCCGCCACAGAUGCUGUGCCUGCUGCGGGGAUCGCCGCCAGAGAUGACCAGGACGAUGGAUUCCCUGUGGACAUCAAGUUUAGCCCCAAUGCCACGCUCGCUGAGAUUUUCGAAGCCAUGAAGCAUCCCGUGACAGGAGUGGGUUACUUCUCCAAGACCCAGUCGCUGCCCUCGUGCACCUUCAUCUCCUACGAUGCCCUGAUGUGGCUGAAGACGCGCCUCAACAACGGCCGCCAUCCCUUGGAGCUGCUGGAAGCCAUGCGAAAGGAGCGAAUGAUCUGUCACGCCUCUGGGGACUGGAACAAGCCCGUGGUUCCGGGCUUCGUCUUCUACUAUGUGGUGCAGCAGGACAAAAAUUCCAAGGAUUAUGCCCAGCCGCUGAACGACUACAGUGCCUUUGUCAACGAGUGGUUGGAAAUUGAGUUCCAGGGCUGCAGCUUCCUGUGGCACGACGAGCAAGUAGCCACGCCAGUUCCCAACUUCCUGAGAGAGUCACCAGCGCCCCAGUCCUGGACGGAUGCCAGCAGUAACAAACGCGUUUACCGCCAGUCCCACUUGGAGAUUGAUGUCAACCAGAAGAGCGAUCGGAUGGAGUGGGGUCAUGUGAAACACCACACUGUCCUGCAGCCUGGAUUUGCCUUUGAGAUUGUUGUGGAGUGGGUCACCUCAUCAGGACCCAUAGUCGCCGAUUUGAUUGGAGGUUGGAUGCGGAAGGCGAAUCAGUUCAAUUUCCUGGUCUCAGUACCAGCCGAUCCCAUGGCAGAACCCUUCACAAGGAAAUCGGAUCCUUUAAGGGGUCCCAUUUUCAUUCCACUUUGCACCACAUUCCUGCCCGAUGGAGCUGCACUAUUUGAGGAAUUCCCAGAGGAAUCUCGUUCGGAUCGAAUGCUGUUCCUUCAGGAAGCCAUUUUGUCCAAGUUCGGUUUCCUGCCCUGUGUUCUGGAGAAGAAGUACACCGUGGGCAAGGAUCUUCCCAAGGAGUACCAGUAUGUGCACUGCACAGGCAACAUGUUUGCCUUGAUACGGUGCGCCACCAACAGCAACACCCAGGUGGAAUCUCCAAUCCACCAGGAGGAGGAGGCCAAUUUCACGCGAUGCGUCUAUGGCCACACCAACAACACCAAUGUUCCCAAAAAGGUGGGCUUCCUGUGGGCCUGGAACCACAUGAUUCCCAACAAGAAGUGGAAGGCCCAGACCAUCAACAACUCCGCGGACGGCGAGCUCUUCCAGCUGAAGCUGCUCAAGGAUUUCCGAGAGUUCUGCUCGAAUGGUGACCACCGCCUGGCCACGUUCUGGGCGCAGUCCCAGGAGAUAAAGCGCAAGGCCCAGAAGUUUGAGUUCAACAACAAUAACAACGAUGAAGUGAAGCCUAAAUAGUUAUUAAUUUUAAAAACCAAACCAAAUGUUGAUAAAAAUUGUAAAUAAACGACUAGAUAAGUUCCGUUUUGAAAUUUG